CAUAGAGGAGAAGGCGAAGACAUGCUUCACAUGCCAGAGGGUUCGAAACCAUCCCCAACCUGCUCCUUUGUGUAACCAAGAUAGAAAAUGACUAAAUGAAGUUUCACAAAAUUUGACAUCGGAGAACCUAGAAGCCUUAGUUACAUUGUUCGGGGAGUCUGUGGGGAGAGUUGGUUGCGUGGUGCGAUCUGAGAGCGCGGUCCAUUUUGCUAUGUGGCGUAGGGGUGGAUAAUAAUAAUUGUGGAGCCUUUGCUGUGCAGUUGCAUUUAGGUAAAUGGUACAAAUCCAUACAGUUAUUUCUGAUAUUAUUUGAUUUACCCCACUGUGAAGUAAUUUGCUGUAAAUUUAGUGUUUCAGAGUUCUGGCAUAAAUGGUAUGAUCCGAUCUUACUGAUUAGUGUAGUACAAUCGCCAUUUUAGCCAGUCCGCGCUCUUACACUCAGAGAAAGGUAGGCGCUGCUCUUUGCUUUUAAAAUAAAUGUGUAAACAUAACUCAAAAAUAAGUUAGUCUUGUAUUUUAUGGUGAACAUUUAUUUUGGAAUUGUAUUAUGUAAUUUUGUGUUGUAUGAAUGUGUGAUACUUUGCAUUAUUUAAAAGAAAGGAACGAUACUUUUUUUUAUUUUUUAUUUUAAGGCUUAAUGCACUGUUGUACUGUUUCAUUUUAUUAGCAUAAACUGAAAGCAAAGAGCACGGCUUCACUGAUUACCUGCAGACUAGACUAUCUUGUUCAAUAAGGUUAUUUUGUUCAUAGAGUACUGGUAUUUUGUAAAAACAGGGAAUGAUUCUUCUUGUAUUGCUGUUUCUAGCUGAGAGUUGCGCUAAUGAAGAGGGACAGCAACCCUGAUUAUCAUUUUCUGUUUGCAGCACAAUAAAACAAUCGCCUUGUGAAGCCAGUAGUGUGAAGUGGCAUGGGGAAGAAAGAGUGACCCAGGUUACAUUUGCAUCCGUGGGAUGUUUAGUCGUUUUGGUUCCCCAGAACAACUUGUGAGCGACAAUGGACCACAAUUCGUGUCGCAGGAACUGGCUACGUUCCUCCAGGUAAAUGGUGUACAGCAUAUCAGAUCUGCACCUUACCACCCAUCGACCAACGGCCUGGCCGAGAGGUUUGUACAUACCAUGAAGCAUGCCUUAAAAGCGUCACAAGGUCAAGGGACCCUGCAUCAACGCCUGAACAGUUUUCUGUUAGCUUGCAGAAACACGCCGCAUGCAACCACAAAAGCAUCACCAGCAUUGCUUCUCUUGAAAAGACCAUUACGCACCAACUUUGACCUUCUCAGACCACCUAAGGAAAAGGAAGUCGUGAGGCGUCAACAGGAGAUCCAAGUCAAGAGAAGACAGCAAAGAGCAAAGGACAGAACCUUCAAUCCGGAAGAGCAUGUACUAGCACGGAACUACCUCCACGGACCGAAAUGGGUUCCUGCCACAGUCAUCGCACAGACUGGUCCUGUAUCGUACACAGUCAAAACUGCAGACAAUCUUAUCUGGAGGAGACAUACAGACCAGCUGUUGUUGGGAAAGGAAACUCCUGCGGAACCGAGAGCCGCUGGUCCAGAACUGUUCCUGGAUGACACCCUGAGCAAGCAGCCUUUGCCAAGGGGCUCACCUUCUCAGGAAGCUACUGUUUCAGCCCCGCCCACACAAGUGUAUGAAGAGACUGUGACAUAGGCAACCAACCUGCCUACAUCCAUGUCACCGCCACCAUCAGUAGACAGUGUUGACCGCCGGUAUCCUACCCGAGAACGGUGUGCACCAAGUCGCUUAGAUUUAUAAUGAUGUAUCCUUUUAUCUGGGGCAGAAUAAUCCCCAUGGGUAAGGUCGGGGCAUGGCGUGAAAAUGGCAUGGACAAAAAUGAUGG